GCGGAAGCUGAUGGAGAAUCUUCUGGACCCAGGGGUUCGGAACUCCUAUGGAGCCACCAGCCACCUCCCCAACAGGGGGGCCUUGGCCAAAGCCAAGAACAACUUCAAAGACCUGAUGGCCAAGCUGACGGAGGGCCAGUAUGUGCUGUGCCGGUGGACGGAUGGACUGUAUUACCUCGGGAAGAUCAAGAGGGUCAGCAGUUCUAAGCAGAGCUGUCUUGUGACUUUCGAAGAUAAUUCCAAAUAUUGGGUCCUCUGGAAGGACAUACAGCAUGCCGGAGUUCCAGGCGAGGAGCCCAAGUGUAACAUCUGCCUGGGGAAGACCUCAGGGCCCUUGAAUGAAAUCCUCAUUUGUGGAAAGUGUGGCCUGGGUUACCACCAGCAGUGCCACAUCCCCAUAGCCAGCAAUGCUGACAGACCCCGGCUCACACCUUGGUUCUGCCGUCGCUGCAUCUUUGCGCUGGCUGUUCGGAAAGGCGGUGCGCUGAAGAAGGGCGCCAUCGCCAGGACGCUGCAGGCCGUGAAGAUGGUGCUGUCCUACCAGCCAGAGGAGCUCGAGUGGGACUCGCCCCACCGCACCAACCAACAGCAAUGCUACUGCUACUGCGGCGGGCCCGGAGAAUGGUACCUGCGGAUGCUGCAGUGCCACCAGUGCCGGCAGUGGUUCCACGAGGCCUGCACCCAGUGCCUCAACGAACCCAUGGUGUUCGGAGACCGGUUCUACCUCUUCUUCUGUUCCGUGUGUGUCCAGGGUCCAGAGUACCUCGAGCGGCUGCCUCUGCGAUGGGUGGACGUGGUUCACCUGGCCCUCUACAACCUGGGCGUGCAGAGCAAGAAGAAAUACUUUGACUUUGAGGAGAUUUUGGCCUUUGUCAACCACCACUGGGAGCUUCUGCAGCUGGGCAAGCUCACCAGCACCCCCAUGACGGACCGAGGACCACAUCUCCUCAACGCUCUGAACAGCUACAAGAGCCGGUUCCUCUGUGGCAAAGAGAUCAAGAAGAAGAAAUGCAUCUUCCGCCUGCGGAUCCGGGUGCCCCCUAACCCCCCUGGCAAGCUGCUCCCUGACAAGGGCCUGGUGGCCCCUGAGAGCCGGGCUGCCCCCUCUGAGCUGCGGAAAAGAGGAAAGAGCAAAGCUGGUUUGCUGCCUCAGGAAUUCCCACAGCAGAAAAGGAGAGUUUAUAGAAGAAGAUCCAAGUUUUUGCUGGAAGAUGCUAUUCCUAGUAGUGACUUCACCUCGGCCUGGAGCACGAAUCACCAUCUGGCCAGCAUCUUCGACUUCACCUUGGAUGAAAUCCAGAGCUUAAAGAGUGCCAGCUCAGGCCAGACCUUCUUCUCAGACGUGGACUCCACUGACGCGGCCAGCACCUCCGGCUCAGCCUCCACCAGCCUCUCCUAUGACUCCAGGUGGACAGUGGGCAGCCGAAAGAGGAAGCUGGCAGCCAAAGCGUACAUGCCACUGCGGGCAAAGCGGCACACGGCGGAGUUGGGUGGUCGCUACCCCUCGGACAGCAGCGCCGAGGGGGCUUUGGGCCCUGAGCGGCCAGAUGAGGGCAUCGACAGCCACACUUUCGAGAGCAUCAGCGAGGACGACUCGUCCCUGUCCCACCUCAAGUCGUCCAUCACCAACUACUUCGGGGCCGCCGGACGGUUAGCCUCUGGGGAGAAGUACCAGGUGCUGGCCCGGAGGGUCACCCCCGAGGGCAAGGUCCAGUACCUGGUGGAGUGGGAAGGGACCACCCCUUACUGACUCUUACAG